CGGAAGUUGUAACUGUGUGGACUGUGACACCUGGCUAAAAACAGUGAAGACAAUGAAUAAAAGCUAAUUUAUCACGCUGAUUUAAACGUGCCAAGGGUUGAGAGACCGUCAGGAUGCUGGAGUCAUACGUCACUCCACUGUUGAUGAGCUAUGUGAACCGCUACAUCAAGAACUUGAAGCCUUCUGACUUGCAGCUCUCACUCUGGGGGGGUGAUGUCGUGCUCAGCAAGUUGGAUCUCAAACUGGAUGUUCUGGAGCAGGAACUGAAGCUUCCCUUCACUUUCCUAAGUGGUCAUAUACAUGAGUUACGAAUACAUGUGCCAUGGACCAAGCUGAGCUCAGAACCUGUAGUCGUCACAAUCAACACCAUGGAGUGCAUCCUCAAGCUGAAAGAUGGUUCUCAGGAUGACAAUGAGAGCAGUGCAUCCAGUUGGAGUGCCUCUGAGAAAAGUGUGCCUAAACCUCGACGGAUCCAGCAGAGUACCCCUGACCCUGACUUACCCCCAGGCUACGUACAGAGUUUGAUCCGCCGCGUAAUAAAUAACUUAAAUGUCGUAAUCAAUAACCUGAUUUUGAAGUACGUGGAGGAUGACAUAGUGCUGUCUGUCAACAUCACAUCAGCAGAGUGCUAUACAGUGGAUGAGGAGUGGGACAGAGCUUUCAUGGACAUCUCCUCUCCUAAGUUUGUUCUGAGGAAGGUGAUAAAUUUUGCAGACUGCACAGUGUGUUUGGAUAAACGCAAUGCCAGUGGGAAAAUUGAGUUUUAUCAGGACCCCUUGCUCUACAAGUGUUCCUUCAGAACCCGACUCCACUUCACCUACCACAACAUCAAUUAUAAAAUCCCAGCCAUAAUCAAAAUACACACAAUGGUUGAGAGCUUAAAGCUGUCUUUGACAGACCAACAGCUUCCCAUGUUUGUGCGGCUGCUAGAGCUCACAGUGGCUCUAUAUUAUGGGGAGAUUAGAGCUCAGAAAGAUGGAGAGAGAGAAGAGAGUACCUCUACUGCUGAAGUUGUAGUUAAUAUUCCAGGAGCUGUGACUGAAGAAAUGGAUCCAAAUGUACCUGGUCAAUAUUCAUCUCCUGAUCUGGGCAUGCAAACUGAAAACGAUGAUCAGGGAUGGGUAUCGUGGGCCUGGUCCUUUGUCCCAGCCAUCAUCAACACUGAGGAAGAGGAGGGGUAUUAUGCUGAGAUGGAAAACACUGGGGGUCCUAGCCCACUACAGUCCUCUCUCAGGGAACCCAUAGUCUCUGUAGGGUUCUACUGCACCAAAGCCUCAAUCACUUUCAAGCUGACCGAGAGCAGUUCUGAGAGCAGUUAUUAUAGCCCUCAGAAAGUGAAGUCACAGGAGGUACUGUGUGUGGAACAGGAAGGUAUCACCGUGGAGGCAUUGAUGAUGGGAGAGGAAUUUUUUGAUUGUCAGAUUGGGGUAGUAGGCUGCAGGGCGCUGUGUCUGAAAGGUUUCAUGGGAGUGUGGGACUUUGAGAAAAAGACUGGCGGAAACGAAGAGGAUCCUGUGUUUUUCUACUGUGGAGAGAAUCUAAGCUCCAAAGGAAUUACCUACCUGACCAAUUCACUAUUUGACAGUCGCAGCCCAGAAAACAACGAUGUUCGUGCUGAAUUCAUACUUGAUGGCAACCUCCACAAGGAGACCUACACUGAAGCAGCAGGGUUACAGCGUUUCGGUGCCUUUUAUCUAGAUUACCUCUACACAAUGGAGACAGAGAGUGGACAAGGGCAGCAGGAUUUCUCUCAGAUGGGUAAGGGGGACUGUAAUCAGUCGGUGCAGGAAACAUCAAUAAAACGGUUAGUAAUAGGCCCCCUGGAUCUCCUGCUAAAUAGCAGUGCUGUGCAUCGCAUCUUGAAGAUGGUGGCCUGUGCCAUGGACCACGAGUAUGAGCCCUACUGCACACUGAAGCCAGAUAUGGCGGAGGAGAACAAGGAGAUUCCACUAGAGGAUGAGAAAGGCUUGGAGGAAUUUGUCCCAACACGGCUGACCUGCGUGACACUGCUGAAGGCCACCAUUACUGUCACCAUGGCAGAAUUCAACCUGUUGCAUAUACUACUUCCUGCUGUAUUGGGCAAGAAGGUUUCGGCUGUGCAGUUGACUACCACACAGUUCCAUCCAGUGAGGCCACUGCCUGCACUUCGUAUGCAAGUAGAGAGAGUGAAUCUGGAGCAUUCUGUACCAAUGUAUGGCACAGAGCUCAUCCACACUGUCAGUAGCCUCAGCCAACCAUCAGACAACCUACUGCACCACUGCUACACACACUGCUGCCUGAAGGUAUUUGAGUUGCAGGUUGGAUUGACCCUGCUGGAUAAUGAGGGCACACCUCCACUCCUACCCAUAAUUCCCUCCUUUAGUACUGCCCUCUAUGGGAAGAUACUUCAGUUUCCAACACGCUGGCCAAAGAGGUCCUCGGUGUCCAUAACAGAGUACCUGUUUGAGCUACCCAAAUUCACAGUGCAGGCCACUCAUGCACAGGUGUUGCUGUUACACUUGUUGUGGCAGAGUUGGACACACAGUACAGAGAGUGGGGUCGGUCCCACUGUCAGCGAUUCUCUCAUCAAUGAGAUCUACAGAACACCAGGUGUGAAAUGUGCUCCCACUUUGGAGGUAUCAGUACAGAGUGUGGAACUAAAGGUGUGCCAGAAGGCGAUGCUAUGGUGUGCUUCAGGAAUGUUGGGAGCGGUCACAGUGUGUUCCAGGAUCCACGGUAUGGGAGAGCGGCAGAAGGAGCAGCUGGUGGUUGUACUUCAGGGGCCUGCAGAUACACGAGAGCUAUACAGUAGACAUUGGCUGAAUGAGAACCGCCGACCGCAGUCCCUUCUAGCUCCAGACCUGCUCACGUUCUCGCUACAGAUCCCUCAGCCCACUGGAGACUGGCAUAACUCUGGUGCUGUAUUGCUUGUUGGUGUCCAGGGCAUUGCUGUAAAUAUGGAUCCUGUUUUAUCCACUUGGCUGCUGUACCACUCUCAGAGACCCACAACAAAUCGCCAGACACAACAGACUGUUGGUAGUGGGUCUGUGUUGAUGAUGAAGACGAGGGAGGAUGAAGCAUCGGUGGCUAGUACUCCACUGGCAAAGCAGCUUUCCAAUCAGGCGUCAGACUACAUCAGCAGCCCGAUGAAGACAAAGACCAUAACCGAGUCUCGUCCUCUUUCAAUGCCAUUGAAGAUUACACAGUCAACAGCCGAGGGUUCAGCAUCUUCAGAUCAGUGGAUAAAAAACCUAAUCACACAGGCCUGGGAUGCUGUGAAACGUCUCACACUGCAGGUGGAGUUACAGUCAUGCUGUGUGUUUGUGCCUAAGGACACCCUGCCAUGUCCCUGCACCAUUGUCUGUGGUGAUAUCCCAGGGACUGUGCGCAGCUGGUACCACAGCCAGGCCUCUAUGCCAGGGACUUUAGUAAUCUGUUUGCCACAAAUCAGUGUGAUGAGUGCUGGGCAUAGGCACAUGGAGCCCUUACAGGAAAUUCCGUUCACUGUGUCAAAACCUGUACUGGAGGAGGGCGAUGCCUUCCCCUGGACAGUGACAGUAGGCCAAUUCAGUGUAUAUACAUUGCUGGGUCAUCAGUGCUCACUCUCUCUUCUGGAGCCAGUCGGCUGCACCUCUACCCUCGCUGUCACCUCCCACAAACUGCAGCCAACUUCCCCCUCUCUGGACUCCAGACAUGCCUUUAUCGUCUGCCUGCACGUAGACCUGCAACCACUUUUUUUGAAAGUCUCCAAUUCACAGGUACAGCUGUUAUAUGAGUUGUAUCUAAAUUGGAGCAGUUUUUGGGACUGUCUGCAGAGAAGAGGAAUAUUGUGGCAUGCAUCUGGCUUUCAAGGGGAAAUUCCUUCUCAGCCUGCUGGACCCACCUCUCCGUUUCACAGCAGCGCAGGCACCAUUCCUCCUGAUAAUGGCAGUGUCAGUCGUUCAGCUGACCCGGGCUCCCCCACAGAGGGUGGCUCUGUUCCAACCGGAGAAGACCCAUCCUUCUGUGAACCUCUAACUUUAGAGCAGAAGACGAGCACGAUUGGUGGGGCCAGUGGGAAGGUUAGUUUGUGGAUGCAGUGGAUGCUGCCCAAACUGACUGUCAAACUUUUUGCUCCAGACCCAACCACAAAGACAGAGAUCUGUGUGCUCGGUGAACUGGAGGAUCUAAGUGCAUCAGUGGACAUGCAAGAUGUGUACACAAAACUAAAAUGUAAAGUGAGCAGCUUCAACAUUGACCAUUACAGAAGAAGACCAGGUGAGGCUGACUGUUUUGAAGGAGUGAUUCUACAGUGCAAGGAGAAAGCAGUGAUGGCAGCAAAAGCUUUGGAGGCAUGUCACCAGCCUCAUGGCUUCCUUUCACUGACGUACACACAGGCCGUGACCUGCAAUGUCCUCCAUAAGCUAACAGCACGACAGGAGAGAAUAGGACCCCAGAGGCUGAGAAGUAGUGGGUCGGACAGCUCCCCACAGCAUCUGCACGAAAUCCUGCUGACUGCUCAGCCGUUUGACCUGGUGCUCUCAUGCCCUCUGCUGGCCAGCAUAACCCAGGUGUUCCAUACAGUAUCGCCCCCACCUUCCAGACGGACAGUCAAAGAGUACCGGUCAGCUGGCCAGCCAAUGAGAGGGCGUGCCUUCUGUUCAAGCAGUCUGCCACUCAUCUAUGUUAAUACCAGUGUGAUCCGAGUCUUCUGCCCCCUUCAGGACAGCAAUUCCAACCUAAAGGACAAGACGGAGGACACACUUGUUCUCAAGAUAGGAUCAGUCAGCAUGGCUCCUCAGGCUGAUAAUCCUCUCACCCGAACCAUACUGCGAAAAGAUAUUUACCAGAGAGCAUUGAAUCUGGGUGUUUUGCGUGACCCAGGGUCAGAGGUGGAGGACCGUCAGUAUCAGAUUGACCUCCAGAGCAUCAAUGUGGGCACUGCACAAUGGGGGCAGCUGCAGCCUCAGGGAGAAGGAACGAAGGGCAGCACACCACCGGAGGGUGAAAGAAGUUCACAAAAUCCAGCACUGGAGUGGAAUAUGGCCAGCAGUAUUCAGAAGCACCAGGAAAGGAGAGCAAUCCUCACACCUAUCCUUACUGACUUCUCCGUACGCAUCACUGCCGCUCCUGCCAUCAUCUACAGUAAACCCGUCUCCUCUGACAACAGUACAAUAGAGGAUAUUGUGGUAUGUGGACACAGUCUGGAGUUGAAUGUCACUUCAGCCCUGGAGAUGUUUCUAAGUUUGUCUCAGGUGCAGCUCAUCCAACAACUGAUACUUUCCAACAUGGUUAUUCUUGGGUCUUCAGAAAAAAUCUCAGAGAAGAACAGGCACAAUCUUCACCGGGGAAAUGUAUGUGCUGCAGGAUAUGUGGAGACUUCGAAGAUGAGUAGCGUCCCCUGUGGUCAAGACAGUGGCUUUGGCAGUGACAGUGAACAUCUGCGCUUUCUUCAUUAUGACCAACAGAGCACUACUAGUCACCGCCAACUAACAUGCCUCUCUCGCCAACCUACCAUCACUAAGAAUCUCUCCUUCAUUCCUUUUGACAUCUUCCUUACUGCCAGCAGCCUCACUCUCAUGACUUAUAUAAUGACCCAGUCUUCAGGAUCUACUGCAGAACCCCCUGAACAUCUAAGCAAGAAAUUGAUAAACAUACCUAACGAUGAUUCAGAACACAUGGAGCCUCGGGUGCCUGACUUGGCCACAGGAGCAGACCUGGUCAGUUCGUCUCUAGGGGCAGGAUUUCUCAUGUUGGAAGGUUUGUCCUCACCUAGCAGGGAGCAUUCAAGAAAAUCACUGGGCGUUACCGUUGUCCGACAGCCUGGGAGACGAGGUGUGGUAGGUGGCCUGUUGCAGCCACUUCUUUUCCUGCAGCUCACACAGCCAUCAACACUACUUAGCUGCCACCAGCGCAGACAGCGCUUGGAGCUCUCGCUGUUUGACCUUACAUUGAAGGGCGUUGCCUCUGAUUAUGCUCAGCUGGACACAGGAAAAUCUCUACCAGAAUCUCUGGACUAUAGUGUUUUUUGGUUAGAGACAGUGCCAGGAGAGGUAGACAGCAGGACCGGAAUUCCGCCACCUCUUCUUUCUCUCUGCGUCAGAGACUUUCUCAAUGGGCCAGCUGAGCUGAAGGUGGAGUUCUGUAGGCCACUGAAAAUGAACCCAACACCAACUAAGCUGGAGCAGGUUAAGAUGUGGAGGAAAAUCUUCAUAGAAGAUGUUAAUGUACUUGGCACUUCUUCCUCCUUUCCUGAAGCACCUCACAGCAGCAAACUGGGUGACAGCAAUGCAGUCUCUCCUUUAGUCUCCAGCCAUGUAGCAAACAUCCUUCAGACUUUCGGCCCCUUUCACAAGGUCUCUCUUCAGACUGUGCAGAUGGUAUUCGUGAUGGAGACGGAGCACCCUCUCCGACCUACUCUCACAUUAUCUGUCUCCAGUAUGAUGGCCAUUCUGAGCACAAAGAGUGGACAGCAACCAGUUGAUAGUGCAAAGGAGGUAAACAUUUUAUGGCAGUGUGAAGAUGUGUUGAUUCAGACGGGUCUGAAGGGCAGCCAAAGUGCAUUUGUCGGGCCAUUUUCCUGUGGUUUGGAUCUGGAAGUGCUCUGGUGUAGACAUUGUGGUAGCCCUGAUCCUGGUGUACCAAGAAUUUUACUGGAAUUGAGAGGAGGAUUACUACAGGUAUUUUGGGGUCAGGAGCACUACAAUUGUCUUACUCUGAUUCAAGAGUACCUGCAGAGCUACAUGAAAGAGGUGGACAGUCAAGAGGAGAAAGACAAAGAAAUUCCCCUUACCUCUCAUCCAUCAACCUCUCUUACCUCACGCUCUCAACACACUGAACAUUCUUCAGACGAUCUGCGUACUGGUGUAUUUCGAUACAUUCAGGGUUCAGAUUCUCACAAGCUGCCAGGGGUGCAUGAGGUUAUGUUUCAUAAUGAGACAGAAGACAGUCCCGGUGUAAUGAUGUGGAGAUAUCCCGAACCUAGAAUUAUCACCUUUGUGCGCAUCACGCCUGUGCCGUUUAACACAACUGAAGACCCAGAAAUCAGUACUGCUGACCUAGGGGAUGUGCUACAGGUUCCGUGUAGUCUGGAGUUCUGGGACGAACUAAGAAGAGCCUUUGUGCCCUACAAAGAGUUCAGCUUGUCUGAAAGCAAUGUGUGUGAGCUUAAAAUGCCCUCACUAAGUUUCCACACUCAUCAAAGUGACCUUGUACCUUCUGAUCUCUGGAGAGUUGUUGUAAACAAUACAGCAGACGGAGCGGAUGAUAGUUCAGAAAGUGAGUCGGGUUCCCAGUUGCCCUGUGAUCAGCUGGUUUCUCCUACUGCGCUGGCAGCAUGCAUGCAGGUCGACUCGUGUUUUGCGCCAUGGCUUGUGCCUUCACUAGGUGUGUCUCUGAAACUGGCGUACUUGGAGCUGCGGCUGUGCCAUCAUCUGGAACAACUUGGCACAGUUCCAUCCCAGUUGCUCCGUCCCUUUGUCCCAGACAGAAAGUUGCCAUUUGUUCAAGAAUAUGCGGUGGUGUCUUUGCGUGAGCCGAAGGCAUUUGUCAGAGAGUGGAGUGAGGAUGCUCGACUCGGGCAGGAGCUGCACCUGCAUUCCACACUGAACUGCCACUUGGUGGACUACAAGAACCUCACCCUCUUCCCUCUCCUUCAACCAUUUAGCAUACAGGGCCAUGCCACUAAAAAAUACACACACUCCCAGCAAACAGAGCAAAUGCUCCAUUUUAAUGUCUUCUUGGAGCCUUUGUUGAUUACAGUGGGGCAGCACAUUAUACAUACAUUGAACACAGCACGAAAAGCUUGGGAACAGAACCUGAAACCAGAGGAAGAGGAGCUCAUUUUCUGUCACUAUGUAGUCUGUAAUGACACACAGGAGACGCUGUGUUUUGGCCAAGUGGACACGGACGAAAGUGUGGUGCUGUCCAGUGGCCAAAGCCAUCAGUAUUGUUGGAGAUCUCACAAAGCCCCUCAGCUGCUGCAUGUCUGUAUUGAGGGCUGGGGUAACUGGCGCUGGUCAGAGCCCUUCAGUAUUGAUAACAUGGGGACAAUGCUCAGAUGCAUCCAUAAGAAGAAUCAAAUUGCCUCACUCAUUAUUAAAAUUCAGCAGCUCAGCGGAGUGCAGAAGCAGAUUAUCAUCUGUGGAAGGCAAGUAAUCUGUAGCUACUUGAGUGAGAUGAUCGAGGUGCAGUUGGUGCAGCGCUGUGUCGGGUUGGAGGGCCAGGUACAGAUGCGGAAUCUGCAGUCUUCUGUUGAUCCAGAAAGCAAGUUACCCUCGUAUGUGCUGGAAGACUCUGAGGUGACUGGUCUCUGUGUGCGUCAACAAGACGGCCAGGAAUGGUCCCAGGAUGUAUUUCUUAAACACACUCCUGGAAACAACAGUUAUGUGCUUCAGUUCCCCUCUUCUACUGGGUCCCUGGUGUCUGUGUGCUGCACAAUAAUAACUCUGGAACCCAACUCUCAUAUGCAGCAGAGAGUGGUGGUUUUCAGCCCUCUGUUUGUCAUGCGGAGCCAUCUCCCAGAUCCUGUCUUUGUGCAGGUAGAAAAGCGGAGUUUGGGGAAGAAGGAAUACCAGCUCAUUCAAGGUCAAGGGCAGGAGCAAGCUUUGUUCAAUGUGGAACCAAACAUCACACACCACCUCACCUUUCAAGCAAGUGAAGAAGGAGAUGUAUCCCCCUGUGCAGUACCCAUCUCCUCAGCUCUCAUCAAGCAGAUUCUGAGUAAAGCUGGCCCAGAAAAGAUUGAAAACCUCAGCAAAAUACUAGAACACUUCUAUGGCCCCAAACCUUCUACCUGGCCCCCCUGGCCAUAUACCUACAAAAACACAGACAGGCUGGAGACUGAGCCAGUAGCUCAGUGGGACAGUCCCAUUCAGGUACGCUUGUGUGCAUGGAGGGCAGGUUUAAGCACUCUUCUCGUGGAGUUGCUGCCUUGGGCUCUGCUCACCAACCAUUCCCAGUGGGACCUGUGGCUCUUUGAGGCAGAGAGCAUUGUUCUCCAGAUUCCUGCUGGCAAGACCAUCGUCCUUCCAAACUUUAAGACGGCAUUUCAAAUCGGUCUUUACUGGCCCAACACGAAUACAGUCCACAAGUCUGAAGCAAUGCAUCUGCUGCAUGAUCUAACUUCACCACGCUGGACGGAGGUAGGAGGAGCCAAUGUCCUAAGCUUGGAUGAGGAGGGCCAUGUGGAUGUUGCCAUUUUACUUGGAGCCCCGCCCAAACAAAAGCUGUGCCAGUUCUGCGUGUCCUCCAGUGUGAAGUAUGGGAUUCAGAUCUUACAGAUUGAGGAUAAAACCAUUUUGGUGAACAACACAAAGCAUACCAUUAAUUACAGAGCACUGCUGUCUGAACAUCCACUUUCUUCCACUGACCAGCUAAAUAGUUAUUCACAUACAAGUGUGUGGACACUGGGCCCUGGGUCAGAGGCUGACAGUCCUUCCAAGUGUGCACUGCCUUCCUGGGAUGUGUUAAAAGAGUGUCCCACAGAAGAGCUAGCAUCAUUGCUACCCCAAAAGCGGAUUCUUCUCAGCUGCAUGGCAGAUUCCAAACAGGAUGAGAAAUUAUGGAGUCUGCCAGCUCCUGUGCGAUCUGACCUUCCUAGGCAAAGUGUGGCGGUGCCCAUGGAGCAGAUUCCUGACAAUCCUCUCACCACCAGGGCCCUGGUUGUGACAUAUAUGGAGCACUUAGGAAUCAACUACAUAGCUGUGAGUGAGGACCCAUGUCCCCGUAUGGUGAUUCAUAAUCGUUGUCCUACAUCCUUGUUGCUGAAGGAAAAUCUUCGAGAGUCUUCCAGGGCAGAGGUCUUGUGUAGGAUGGUGCCCCCUAUGUGCUCUGUGCACCAUGAGCUGUACUACCAUUCCUCCAGUUUCCCUGAAUGCAGACAGAGAGAUACUCUCCCGACAGUGGUGCUCAGCAUUGCCUCUGAUCCAUCCACCCCUGUGGGCACUCCUACCACGCCAAAAUGGACUGAUGAUAUUGACAUUAACAGCCCUGGAACACAGGUGACACUUCUGCCAGGUUUUGGUUAUCUGUAUGUUACUGUAGCUUAUCAGAGUGGCAGCAUUAUCCUUACCUUUGCACCUGAGAGUGAUGAUGCUGUGAUCAGCCCAUGUCACAGAAUGUCUAAUCAGAUGCUGUCCUUCCAUGUGAUAAUGAGCGAGGUUAGCAUGGCGCUUUUUGACGACAUCACAAGUCCGACCGGCUCGGUGGAGCUUUUGCGUUUAACUAUGUCUAAGGUUUUGAUAGUGAUGCCAGAACCUACUACAGGUGACGCCCCCAACCCUCAUGGCCACCAUGUGCAAGUACUGUGUGGCAGCCUACAGGUGGACAACCAGCUUUACAGCUGCUCCAGUUUUCAUUUUCCUGUCCUGCUGUGUCAGGAGCAAUUAUCAGACACCGACUCUUGGGUGAGUGUCAAAGACUCGAUCCUCAGUCCUGAGGCUCUGGAGGAGUUACGCCAAAUGUGCUUCCUGUGCGUGGGCCUCACACUAUCCAGUAAUGGGUACCACCUAGAACAGGUCAGCUUCAAGCUUAAACCAGCCCGCAUCUAUCUGGAGGACACUUUCAUAUACUACUUGAAAACACUAUUCCACACCUACAUUCCUGUUUCCACUGUGGGACACAAGAGAGUGUCAGGAGAACCCGACCUCAAUAUACCCGUCCAGGUUUACCAGUCAAUGCAGACACUUGUUUGGCCUGUCCAACUACAGCGACUACUAAUUGAGCCAGUCAACCUGUUGAUGAGUAUACAUGCUUCUCUUAAGCUCUAUAUUGCCUCAGACCACACACCACUUUCCUUCUCCAUUUUUGAAAGGGGGGGACUCUUUACCACUCCACGUCAACUGAUACACGCACUAACAAUGCACUAUGCUGCAGGAGCCCUUUUCAGAGCAGGUUGGGUUGUGGGUUCUUUAGAGAUCCUGGGCAGUCCUGCAAGCCUAGUACGCAGUAUUGGAAAUGGAGUGGCUGAUUUUUUCAGACUGCCAUAUGAAGGGCUAACACGUGGUCCUGGAGCCUUCGUCAGUGGUGUGUCUCGUGGAACCAGCUCAUUUGUCAGGCACAUUUCAAAAGGCACUCUGACAUCCAUCACCAACUUGGCCACAAGUCUAGCAAGGAACAUGGACAGACUGUCUUUAGAUGAGGAAUAUUACAUGCGCCAGGAAGAGUGGAGAAGGCAACUCCCUGAGACUCUGGGUCAUGGCCUGCGACAAGGCCUUUCCUGCCUUGGACUCAGCUUGCUGGGAGCAAUAGCUGGUAUCGUGGACCAGCCAAUGCAGACCUUAACAAGGUCUAUAGAGGCUCAAAGCACGGCAGCCAGUACCGCUCGUGGUGUUAUUUCCGGAGUGGGGAAAGGCAUUGUGGGAAUUUUUACCAAACCAAUCGGAGGUGCUGCCGAGCUUGUUUCACAGACAGGAUACGGUAUUUUACAUGGUGCUGGGCUCUGGCAAUUGCCAAAGCAGCUGUACUCACCUACAGAGUUGAAAUCAGCAGAUGCUACCAAUAGUCAUUUAAAAUACGUUUGGAAGAUGAUGCAGUCUGUGGGGAAUCCAGAAGUACACAUGGCACUGUGUGUGUGCAUGAUGAGCAGUUCAGGGCAGGAGCAUGCAGGCUGCCUGCUCCUAAGUGGCGAGGUGCUUUUUAUUGUAAGUGUGUGUGAAGACACACAACAGCAGGCCUUUCCUAUUACUGAGGUACAGUGCCAACAGGAUGCACACAACCCUGAAAAACUCACACUCACUCUGCAACAGCAUCGGGUUACCAGCACCAACGAGGUUGAUGGAGUUCGUGAGCGCUUAUCUGAGCAGCAGUACCGUUGGUUGAUGGACUAUGUAACGUGUGUGUCACACUACUUCUCCCCUUCCACAGUUUUCCAGCCACCAGUUGUCGUGUCUCCUGAACCAACCCAAAGUAUAACCAAAACGUAUCACUACCGUGCAGACCCUGCCUACGUGCAAGUCUUCAUCUGUAAAUUCAACAUGGUGAAGAACAGGGCGCUGGACAUUGGCUUCAGCUGAGAAUAUAUACAUUACCCUCUGGUGCAAAUGCAAAGAAUUAGUGAAUGCUAAUAGUAACAUAGCACCAAUAGUACCUAGUGGUGACAGCCACUGAUAAUUUGUGGUCAGUCUCCAAGAGUUAUUCAGAUUUUUUGGGGGGAGCGUUUGAAGUGAACAUUUAAAAAAAAAAAAACACUCCAGAGAGAUGGAAAAAAGCAAAGCAUAACCCAAUUAAUCUAGGGGGUAUCUCUGGGUAAUAUUAUUUUCUAAUCUCUUCAAAGCCACCGCAUCAUGGACAUAAAAAGGAAAAAGAGCCCAAGGCUUUUUACUGCUUUUAUACCUUAAUAGCGAAAAAAAAUUCUGUAUUAUUAGUUGAAGUUGAAUGCCACAUUUGUUCUUUGUUCCAGGUUUUUGAAUUAGGGCAAAUUGUCGGCCUGCUUAAAUGUUUACGUAAAGAAGAAAUAGCUAAAUUAAAUGCUCUUUAUACACUAUUUAUAUUGUUAUUAUAUCUUAUGCAUAAUUCUGUUUGUGCUUAUGCCAAAUUCUUAUAUGCUGUGAAUAAUGUUUGAACAUUUAAAUAUAUAUUUUGUAAAUAUAUCUAAUUUUUUUUGCAACACGUCUGUUUCAAAUAUGUAGUUGUGUCUAAGCUAAUUGUUGUCUUUUUUCACUGAUUGUGAAAGAAAAUUAUGUUUUAGUUUGUUUUUAGUUCUUUUUUAUCUACUUUAUAAUUUUUUUAUAUUAUUAUCCAAAAUGUUUAUAUAAGAAUAUUUUUAUUAAAUGCUGAUUUAGAUUAAUAUUCCUAGCCAUUGAAAGUCAUGCAAACUUAGUGAUAUACUGUAUACUAAAGCUUCAAGCAGGGCAGACUGAACACAGAUGGAGACUCACACCACUGUGUCCACACUGCCAAUGAAUCGCCUUGGUUUACAGAGCGGGAUGUAAAUGUAAAAGUUUCUCCUCUGUCACUCUAAAAUAUAUUAUUGUCAACAUUUGACUCACAGUCCAGCAUGC